AAUCAGGAAAUCAUUUAAUAAGAAAAUAAACUAGUUUUAAUGCAUUAACGUGCAAUUUAUAGUGCGUUUAAAAUAUCCCAAAUUGUAUAUAACGUAUAGAUCAAAGACCAGCCUGCCGACUGAAUGAGAAAAACAGUUUAAGGAAUGGGAACUGUGGACGAAAUUAAUGGCGCUGUGUUGUGUAACGGUUUGAUCUGAGGGGUUAUAUUACAAGUGUUACUGAAAUAAGCAAUUGUAGCCAAAAUGUCGGGGAUUGGUGUUAAUUUGCGCGUUACAGGUCAUUGUAGUCAAGGAGGGCGAAAGUAUAUGGAAGAUAUGUUUUCUGUAGCAUACCAACAAACAGCCGACUUAAAAGAUUUGGAGUACGCAUUUUUUGGUAUAUACGAUGGUCAUGGUGGACCUCAAGCAGCGACAUUUGCUAAAGAACAUUUACUUGAUUCUAUUGUUACUCAGCGUAGUUUUUGGUCAAGUGACGAUGAAGAUGUUUUGAGAGCAAUUCGGGAUGGUUAUAUAUCAACUCACAAUGCUAUGUGGAAAGAUUUGGAAAAUUGGCCAAAAACGACAACAGGGCUACCAAGUACUUCAGGAUCCACUGCCACAAUAGCCUUCAUCAUGAGAGGAAAAAUCUACAUCGGUCAUGUCGGGGACACAGCCAUAGUGCUGGGCUAUCAAGAAGAUGGUGUGAAGGAGUGGAAGGCCAAAGUAUUGACCAAAGAUCACAAGCCAGAAAGCAAAGAAGAGAAGCUGAGGAUAGAGCAGUCCGGGGGAAAGGUGGUGAACAAAUCUGGUGUCCCAAGAGUGGUGUGGAACCGGCCGAGGUUAGGACACCAGGGACCAGUGCGGCGCUCGACUCCUAUUGACGAAAUUCCGUUUCUUGCAGUCGCUCGUUCUCUAGGAGAUUUUUGGAGUUACAAUUCAGCUCUAGACCAGUUUGUGGUGUCACCGGAACCAGACGUGAUUGUUUACCCUGUGGAUGUCUUGCGUUUCCGCUGCUUGGUGCUGGGCACCGACGGCCUCUGGAAUAUGAUGACCCCGGAACGUGCUGUUACCAUUGUACAAGCCACCGAGAUCCACAAUGAAAAACAAGUCAUAUACGGCCUCAAUAACCAAUAUAACAAGGAUUGGGUAAAUCCGAGUAAGACGCUUGUGGACAGAGCUCUAGAACGGUGGAUCACGACUAAGUUAAGGGCUGACAACACAAGUGUAGUGACUCUCCUCCUGGACCCUCCAGGGCCUCCAAGAGCACAGGUGCUGCUGAAACAAAUAAGUAAGUGGAGGGGAGAAAAUUCAGUGCCGGAGGUAGACAGGAAACUGUCCGUUCCAAAAUCUGGUGGUCUGGCAAUUUUUACACAUUCUCCUUCAUCAGAGAAAACAGAACAACUGCAUAAAGAUGAAGAAGUAGUAGACAUUGACAAAGAAGAGAAAGAAGAACAUAAUAAUAAAUUCUGCCAGAAGCAACAAAAUAAAAGUAACACGAGACCAGAGAAAGAGGAAAUAAAGCCAAAGCCAAUAGAAACAACAACUCGAAAGUCAAGUGAUGGAGUUCAGGGGAACUGUGAUUGGGGCAGUAAUGUAGAGUCCACAGCUUCCAGCUCCCACUUCCUCAAGUGCAACUCGAACAUUCCACUUCACAACAGGUCAGAGGACAAGAACAAUGUGGAGGACGGUAGCAGUGAUGCCGAGAAUGAGCGUGUGUUUCUCAACUGUGAGCCCAAGAAGAGACGGCUGAGUCUAGACAAAAAGUGCACCAAACCAGGCACCCGGAGGCGUCCCUCCCUCCCUGCACUUAAUGGUAAAGCAGGAGGUUUAUGCAAGUCCAAAACUCUGGAGGAAUCCACGAGAAUGUUGCGAAGUGCUACGCCAAUCAAGACUCUCAGGUCGCGCAACAUAGACCUCAGCGAGAUGACUGCAGGCAUCGUGGGAAAACGCGGACGAGCUCCAAGUCCAUUGAUAAGCAAAAAGCAACGUCUCGAUGACCAGUGCACUCCAAGUCCCAUCCUCGGCAAACGGAAAACUCCCAACAAAAUGUCUGACGUAGAAUCACCAAAUUCUGGUUUUCUCAAAUCCUACUUAGAAUCAGGAGACGGUUCUGAUCUGUUUUUUGACUCUAACGAAUCCGUACUCGGAAGUGUUUCAUUGCCGAUUGCUGGAAAGCAAGACAUACAAGAAAUCACUGGAUUCUCCAGGAAAGUCCAGAGGAAACACAAGUCUAUAUCUCCUUCCAUGUUAGGUAAAUGGCGGGACUCUGUAAUCACUUGUAAAGGAAGAGUAGAAGCUGGUAAAUUAAAAUCAGCCUCUGAUAGUGAACUCUCCCCCGUGCUCGGAAAAUUUGUACCUCAUAAUAGGAGACUCAGGAGGUUUAAGGAACGUCACACCACAUCGAGGCAUUUCAUUUCAAAGAGGAAAGUUAAGUCAACGAUCCCCAGAUUAAGUACAGGUACCUCAUCAUCCAGAUCGAACAUGGAGAAACUCUAACAUAUCAUUUUAAAUCAGUUCAUAAAGAGUGAUGGUUGAGACUUUUUGUGUUUCAUGUUUGAGUCGAGUUUGUUUGUAAUUAAUUGGUUAAUAGUCACUAUAUCCAAAUAUAUUUAAACUGCAAACAUUAGUCCAUUUUACCUAUUAGUUAAUAACAGUGAGUAGUUAACUAUAACUAAACUACUAAUAUGAGUUUUUAAAACAUUUGCGGAUAAAUUACUAUCAAAGUAUUGUUCUAGAAGUUAAUUUAAUGAAACUGCUAUGUUUAUACUUCUGGUAUAGUCAAGGGAUGCGUUUCAGAGAAUUUUAGAAUUCUAAAUUGUAGCCUAAUAUUUAAAUUUGGUGCCAAAAAGAUAAAAUAAGUGAUUGUACUAUGACCUCCUGUAAAUACAGCGAUAACAGUUUGCAUCUGUAUUCAAUAAAAGUGGCUUUGUUGAACUGAGUGAAAGGUGUAUGGAUGUGAAAAUAAUUAUUUUAAUAUUAGAUUUAUAUUUACAAAGUUGUUCAGAAAUUAUAGAGUUGACAUUGCACUCGGCGUGACUUUUUAUUUAGUGACCAAAAAUUUUAAACAAACUUGACUCGACUUGAAAAGUCCGUCUCAGAAUGAGUGUGCACGUAACCUUCCAUUCCUCUGUGGCAUAUUUCCAUGGUCAGCUUUUAAUAACUGUUUUUACUGUAAAUAAAUCUAUCUUUUGUAACUAUUAGAAGAUAACUUUACUCGUUAGACCAAAAUGAACUGAGAUCUCGUACCGUAGGUGAUAUAGUGAUAGCUCUUGCUCCGAUACACGCAAUGUGGUCUUACAUCAGCAACAAAUGGCCUUAAUUCUGUUAGUCUCUGAAGAACAGUAUUUUAUUGUUAUUUCACUACUCAACGCAGGAACCGAGUGCCUUACGCAGACCUUUACGCAGACCAGGCAGGCUCUGUCUACUGGUAUACACACCCACAGACUAAACAUAUAUUAUGAUAGUAGAACUACAUAAUACUAGACAAACUCUUUGAAUAGGAGGGUAUGCAUGAAACUAAGAAAGCAUCUCUACGUCGUUUCUAGCAAAUGGGCAAAUAACGCAAAAAAAUAAUAAUCUGUAGGGACAAUGCCAAUGUCUUGUGCAUAUCAACACAAUGCAUUCAUGAUAUCUUUUACUAAGACUUUGAGGGGCCAGCUUGUCCCUCUACGUAGUAUAUAAUGUUUCUGGUGUGCAUAUUUUUGGCAAGAGGUGUCUUUUUCUAGAUGGUAUUAUUUGCCCAUAACUUUUGCUAGGAUCGCCGUAGAGAUGUUUUGUUCAUUGUGUUUCCAUUGAGUGGACCUUAAAAAUGACAUGUCAUAAGAUAUAAGUUGCAAUUUGAAAAUUUUAAGUUACCCCCCUUUGAAAAGAAAGGAGUGAAAUAUUUUCACCCUCCAAAAAUCCAAAAAAGUAAUUUAAUGAGUAUGGUGAAGGUUGUACAUUGAUGUCUCAAUCCGUUUGGAAUAUAUCCAGGUAUGAAAACCAUGUUCCACCGAAAAGUUGCAUGAAAAACGUAUUAAGGAUAAUAUUACCCUGAAAAUUACAUGUUCAUAAUUUAAUAGUUGCAAUUUUUAGCAUAAUGUAUUUCUUGAAAAUGGUCAGUGUUGAACGAUAUUUGUAAGUAUGAAAGAUAAAGAAAGUAAUAGCGUGCUAAACAAAAGGACUAAACACAAAUUACUCUAUAGUAAUGCUUAUUUGAAUGUUUUUAAAUUUGGGUAUUUUUUAGGGUUAAGGUACUUCUGUGAAAUAUUUUUACAUAACAUGCCAUUUUAAAGGAAAUUCAUUGCAAAUUAAUAAUUUAGAAGGUUUUUUGUUGAGAGUGGAAUAUACAGAUAUUUUUAUAAACUCCCAAAUUGGUCCGCCAUUUUGACACAUAUUAUUUUUUUAAUGUAGUGAGUAUAGCAAUAACACUUAACACAUUUUUAUUUUCAACAUUAAAACGCGCUUUUGAUUCGUACUCAAAAUUCAUAUUCCUACUUUUAGUAACUGUUGUUUCUUGUGGUGAUAAAAAUUAUAAUUGAUUAUUAAUUAACCCAAUAAAAACUAAGAACAGUUAACAUUAGUAAAAUUAAAAUUCAUCGAACUUACUAAAUUCAGUAUUUUAUAACAGAUGUUCAAACUGUUCCCCUUUGAUCGUCUGAAAAGUAGAUUAAAAUAUCAUGAAACUCUUCGAAUUUCUUGUACAAUUCGGUUUCAAUUGUACAGUUUUACACAUUGUCUUUAAUAUGAUCUACACACAGUAAUGUAGUGGUAAUAGAUCAGAUGAACUUGCAAGCCAGUCAAUAUAUAAUAUUUAAAUACAUAAAACAUAUUUAUUACACAUUUUAUAUUUUAAAACAUUUAACUCAAAAUAGUACUAUAUAAAUAUUUAGUUAAAAACUUGUUUUCUAUUUUUUGAACAAGGAUAUUUUUACUUUUAAUCAGCCGCCAUUUUAUACUGUAGUAAAAUAAUGAACUCGUAAGUUCCACUGUUCAUUUUCUUUUUCAUUGAGACCUUUAGAAUGAUGUGCUGCUUGACGGGGGUUUACGUUUAAAAUGUUUGUUGCCCUUGUAAUGGAGGGUUUAGGAAAUGGGGGCAAAAUUCUGGUUGGAACCCAAAAGUGCAUUUUUAUACCCUAUAACUGUUGUAUACUUCGUUUCUGGGUGCAGCUUUUUACAAGUUAAUCUGGUAUGUCCAUAAAUUUAAUUCACCCGUUCCUAAAUAUCUCAACUAUUUAAUCUUUAUUAUCAACAUAUACAGUGUGAGUUAAAAGUAUGGAUCCACUCUGUUUAGUUUUUGAUGGAUAAAGAUGGAGGGAUGAAACUCGGGAUACCUUUCUAGGAAAUAGAACUGAACAAUUUUUAGUCACUGUUAUAACUUUGUCCAUUUCCUAAAUAUGGAAUUU